CUUCCUUUUCUGUCCGAACUAAGAGGAAAGCGGCCGCCCGUCUCUCCCGCGCCCGGCUGGAAAACUUCUGGCGAAACUUCCGUCGCCGGGACGCCGUCACUAACCCCGCUGCCUUCUCCUCGCUCCUUUCAUCUGAUAACGAGCUGAAGGCCAAGAAGAAGAAGAAGAAGAAGAAGAAGGCAAGGAAUGGAAGACGAGGCAGUUUCUUCGACGAUUCCUCUAUCGUCAGAUUUAACCGACGAGUCCACCCGAAUCCCUUCGUCUACUGCCAUGUCGGGAGAAUCAACUACAGACGCCAUCUUGCCCAUCUCCAAUGGAGGUCCCCAUCCCAAUCCCUCCGUUAGCCGCAAGGAAAACCCUAACCCUAACGCUAACCCCCAGGGCAAUGCCGCGCCAGCAGAGACGUCGCUUCUUGAUCGAAAUCCUCGUCCUUCUUCCUUCUUCUCGAGUAUGUUCCCCGAUUUCCAGAACCCCACGCCAUUGGCGAUCUUCUCUCAGAAGGUCCAGAAUCCUAACUUCCUGUUCCCCUCCCACCUCGCCAACCAAAACCCUUUAUUUCACAAUCCCAACCCUCUAGAAUUCUUCAACUAUAAUCCUUUCAAGCGGCCCGCUGCUCCGAUUAAGUUACCCGACGAAACGCCUAUCUCCAAGCCCGCCAAACUGCAACGAACGGCCCUCCGGAACGGUAAAAUCAGUUCAAGGAUCCCUGAGCCGUCUACUAGUUCCGUGAAUCGGUAUCCUGCUUCCAAGUCUCCCUUCCAACCGACGACUCUUGCAAAUCGCAAUGCUGAUCAGCAGAACCCAGCCAAUUCGCUGGCUGCAUUAGCUCAACCAUUCUUCACGAGUAAGCGCAAGCGGAGCGGCCUUCGGCGAAGAGCUGCCUCUCUGUUGCCGCCUUCCGUUCGGGCAGAUAAUCAAGGUGCUUCGGAGUCUUCUGGUUCUGCAAAUGGUGGUACUUAUUUUCUUAGUUCCAGCAUGGUUUCAAGUAGAACUACUAGAGCAGCUAAGAUAGAGUCAGGCGACGAAAUAAUUGUUAUAAACAAGGAUCCAACUGCAGAGGCACUCAUUGCGUUAACUGCUGGUUUUCCGGCGGAUACUCUCACAGAGGACGAAAUAGAGGCGGGAGUUGUCUCGUUAAUUGGUAGCCUCGAACAAGUCAAUUACACUAUUAUCAGAAACCAUAUUAUCAGUAAAUGGAGAGAAAACAUCACCAGUUGGUUGUACAAAGAGGUUUUUGAUGCUAUAAUUCCUGCCAAGUUCAAGAAACUGUUAGAUUCCGCCUAUGACUUUUUGGUUUCUUAUGGGCACAUAAAUUUUGGAGUUGCUCCUGCAAUCAAAGAGAAGAUUCCUAGCGAGCCAACUAGAUCUAAUGUAGUCAUAGUAAUUGGUGCUGGAUUGGCUGGAUUGGCCGCAGCGAGGCAGUUAAUGGCGUCGGGCUUUAAGGUUGUAGUUCUGGAAGGUAGGAAGAGACCUGGUGGAAGGGUUUAUACCAAGAACUUGGAAGGCAACAAUAAGUUCGCGGCUUCAGAUCUCGGUGGCAGUGUGCUUACAGGGACCCUAGGAAACCCACUUGGGAUAUUGGCGAAACAACUAUCCUACCCUUUGCACAAAAUUAGAGACAAAUGCCCUUUGUAUAAACCGGAUGGCCUGCCUGUGGAUCCUGUUGCAGAUGCAAAGGUUGAGGGCUCAUUCAAUCGUUUGCUGGAUAAGGCUAGCAAGUUGAGGCAGUUGAUGGGCGAUAUAUCAGUUGAUGUCUCAUUAGGUGCAGCUUUGGAGACGUUCAGGCAGGUAUAUGGUGGUGCAGUCAGUGAGGAAGAAAUAGGUUUGUUCAAUUGGCAUCUUGCAAAUCUUGAAUACGCCAAUGCUGGUCUACUGUCAAAGCUGUCUCUUGCGUUUUGGGAUCAGGACGAUCCUUAUGAUAUGGGUGGCGACCACUGUUUCCUUCCUGGGGGGAAUGGACGCUUGGUACAAGCUUUAGCUGAGAAUGUGCCUAUUCUUUAUGAGAAAAGUGUGCAUACAAUUCGAUACGGUGAUGAUGGUGUGCAGGUGCUCGCUGGUAAUCAGGUGUUUGACGGAGACAUGGUCCUAUGUACAGUUCCUCUUGGUGUGUUGAAAAGUAAUUCUAUCAAGUUCACUCCGGAGUUGCCUCAGAGGAAACUUGACAGCAUAAAGAGGCUGGGAUUUGGAUUGCUCAAUAAGGUUGCAAUGCUCUUUCCAACUGCAUUUUGGGGAACUGAUUUGGACACUUUUGGUCACUUGUCUGAGAAACCAAAUCGUCGAGGGGAGUUCUUUCUCUUCUAUAGCUAUGCCACUGUUGCUGGAGGUCCACUACUAAUAGCUUUGGUUGCUGGGGAAGCUGCAGUUGAGUUUGAAGCUAUGGAUGCUACUGAUGCUGUUACCCUAGUUCUCCAAGUUCUCAAGGGUAUCUUUAAGCCACAGGGAAUCGAAGUUCCUGAUCCCAUCCAAACAGUUUGUACAAGAUGGGGUAACGAUCCCUUCAGCUUAGGAUCCUAUUCAAAUGUUGCAGUGGGUGCAUCAGGGGAUGAUUACGAUAUCCUUGCAGAAAAUGUUGGAGAAGGAAGGCUUUUCUUUGCAGGUGAGCAUACCACUAGGAGAUACCCUGCAACAAUGCAUGGUGCAUUCUUGAGUGGCGCACGAGAAGCUGCUAAUAUAUCAAACUAUGCAAAUGCUCGCACUUCAAAAAUGAAGGUUGGGCAUGGUCUGUCGAAGAACUUACAAUCUUAUGCUUCUCUUCUUGCCGAUCUGUUUAGACAUCCUGACCUAGAAUUUGGGAGCUUUUCUGUCAUAUUUCGGCCACAAUCAACUGAACCAAAAUCAGAAGCUAUCUUAAGGGUCACACUUGGAGGUUCAAGAAAAAAAGGUAACAGUGAGGGGUCAAAGCCGGACCAACAACAGCACUCCAAGAAGCUACUCUUUCAGCAGCUUCAAUCUUACUUCAAUCAGCAGCAACAACUUCAUAUUUAUGCCUUAUUGUCAAGACAACAAGCACUUGAACUGAGAGAGGUCAGAGGUGGAGAUGAAGUAAGGCUAAAUUACUUAUCUGAGAAAUUAGGUGUGAAAUUGGUAGGAAGAAGGGGCUUGGGGUCUGGUGCAGACUCCCUUAUUGCUGCCAUCAAAGCAGAGAGGGGAAAUAAGAUAUCUGCUUCUUCUACUACUGCAUAGGUCUGUGGCAGUUUCGUCUUGGGAAAUAGAUUAUCUCGUGUACUUCAAGCUGGUGUAGAGGAUGUUGUUUUGGACCAUUUAUUUUUAACAGCUUGUCCAGAACCAGAAAACAGUUGGAAACUCAAUCAAAACAUAGUUUCAUGCACAUGAGUGUGGGAGAAAAGAAUAGCAUUUGGACCAAGUUUCUGGAAAAUGGGUUCAGGAGCACAAAUCAAGCAAGACCCAGUUUUUUAGGCUCUCAGACGGCCGGAAUAUUUGAUCCGGUGUUCAUUUCCUUAUUUGCUCCUGUUAUUUUUUUAAAGCCACCUAAGCCUGUGUUUUAGUAGCAUAAUGUCAAGCUGGCAAGAAAAGUUCUUCUGCCUAUUGGAGUCCGAGGAGUAUAUGAAGAUGAAAUUGAGAUUGGAAGAUCAGAAGAGCUAGCUUCAGUGAGGUGCAACAGAAGUGGGGACAUGGAAUCGCCUGGAGUCAGGUUGAAGGUGAACUUUUGGAAGUGAAGAGGUACAGAAAACAGUUUUCUAGAAAGAAAGGCACGUGACAUGGGCAAGAGGGUGCAUCUAAUGUGAGGUUGCCAGCAGACUCGAGUCAGUGACUGUACCAGAUGGGCCUGGACUUGAAUGAGCUUAGUUCUACAGGAACCGGGGACCUUGAUCCUGAACCCUGGGUGGGGCUGAUGCGCGGGUUGGUGACAGGCCAGUCAAAGACAGUCUGACCUGUUCAGCCUUGGCCCGUGCGGGGGGAGAACCAAUGGGCCGGGACAGGGUUUUCAGUCUGCAAGUGAUGUCCUUUUGCUGGCAUCCGAACUGUAGACGUUGGUUUUCUUGAUUUGAAAACCUUGAUUUAUAACAUGGGCAAUUAUCAUUCUUUGAAAGAACUUUCUAACACUUCUUGUCCACUAUUUUGGCCUUCAUUUGCAGAAAGGGCGGCUGAUUUUGUUUA